GCUGGGUGGGGGGCGUUCUUGUGGGCGCCACGCCCCUACAGGAAGGAAGGGGGAGAGCGCGCGCGCGUUUGUGUGUGCGUGUGUGUGUGUGUGUGUGUGUGUGUGUGUGUGUGUUUAGGAAUACACUUAGAAGGGAGGGGGCGGCCAGGGUGGACCACCGGAUUGAAAAAUUGGAACAUCACUGGGGCUAUUGCUGGUAGGACUCAGGCUUCUAACGUUUCAGGAGAGUGCUCUCGGGAGUUGGCCCCGGGAAGGAGUUUGACGGAGAUUGGGAAUUACAUCCAUGGCACAGUUUUGGAAGCAGAGGGGGAGGUGCGGGUGAAGGGAAGGGAGCAAUGAAUGCUUGUAGAAGGUGCCAGCAUCUAGGUGUGGAAUGGAUUUAGUUCAGACUGGGAGAGCUGGCCGAUUAAAACACUGCACACCCUAAGAAGCUUGGGAGAUGUAGGGCGAUUAGUGGGUGGCACUAACAAGGCGAGAAGAGGAGGAGAAAUGUUCUUUUCUGUAUUUCUUAGAAGACAGUCUCCACACUAGUGCUUUCGGUUACUUUUCCUAUAGUGCGGUUAGGUGCUGUCUUUCCUUUAUCUUGAGCCUUAUAUGUGUAUACAUAUUGAUGAGAUGACCGUUUUGGGGUGCAAUAUGUGAGUGAGGUAGGAACUUUGUAUAACCUUGUGGAGUGUUUAAGGAAGGGUUUUUGAUGAUAGAGUCAAGGGGUCUAAUUUAGGUAGGGAGUCUUAGAAAUCCCUUUGGGUAUAUAAUAGAUUAGAAAGUGUCAUGAUGUUUAAAUAUUAUGCAGGUUAACACAGAAAUCCGCCUCCUGGGCCAUGUCGGUUCUAAGGCCUGUUUCCUCUCAUGAGCCUCAGCAGAAGACGGACUCGCCAGCCCUCACAGUGGAUGACUUCCCCUCCCUGAACAAGAGAUGGGAUAGUACCGGGGAUCUGCCUAUCACCAGACUCUGGGCUUAAUAAACCAGCUGAAUGAAGGGAUGUAAUAGACCUCUGGGAGGGACACUGAAGCCUGCAGUGGGGGGGGAGGGGCCUGGACAUACCCCUUCCCCCCCAGACUCCUCCCCCUCAGAGUCCACUCAGCCAUGGACUUUGGACCUGGACAAGAGGAGAGAAGCCGCACUUUGUUUGGUGUAUCUGAUUUGGGAUUCUCAGUUUGGAAAUGGAGUGCUGGAUGGGGGUUUGAUGAUCUCCAGGGGAGCAGCUGAGAGAAGAGAAGAAAGGUGCAUGGCUGCUUCCUAAGCCUGGAGCCCAGAGGAAACAUCCCUAGGACUGUGGGAGCGUGAGCCGGGCAAGCCAAGGGCAGCCUCGAGCCCCAGCCUUGCCCGCCUCCCCCGCGGGGGCCAGGAUGCUGAAGAAGCAGUCUGCAGGGCUUGUGCUGUGGGGCGCCAUCCUCUUUGUGGCCUGGAAUGCCCUGUUGCUCCUCUUCUUUUGGACGCGCCCGGCGCCUAGCAGACUGCCCUCAGACAGUGCUCUCGAUGACGACCCCGCCAGCCUCACCCGUGAGGUGAUCCGCCUGGCCCAGGACGCUGAGGUCGAGUUGGAGCGGCAGCGGGGGCUGUUGCAGCAGAUCAGGGAGCAUCAUGCUAGGUGGAGCCAGCGGUGGAGGGUGCCCACCGCGGCCCCGCCUGUCCUGCCGCGAGUGCCUGUGACCUCUCCGCCGGCCGUGAUCCCCAUCCUGGUCAUCGCCUGUGACCGCAGCACUGUCCGGCGCUGCCUGGACAAGCUGCUGCAUUAUCGGCCUUCGGCCGAGCGCUUCCCCAUCAUCGUCAGCCAGGACUGCGGGCAUGAGGAGACAGCCCAGGUCAUCGCCUCCUACGGCAGCGCCAUCACGCACAUCCGGCAGCCUGACCUGAGCAACAUCGCAGUGCCACCCGACCACCGGAAGUUCCAGGGCUACUACAAGAUUGCUCGGCACUACCGCUGGGCGCUGGGCCAGGUCUUUCACAGGUUCAAGUUCCCAGCGGCGGUGGUGGUGGAGGAUGAUCUGGAGGUGGCUCCAGACUUCUUCGAGUACUUCCAGGCCACGUACCCGCUGCUGAGGGCCGACCCCUCCCUCUGGUGUGUGUCUGCCUGGAACGACAACGGCAAGGAGCAGAUGGUGGACUCAGGCAAGCCUGAGCUGCUCUACCGCACAGACUUUUUCCCUGGCCUGGGCUGGCUGCUGUUGGCCGAGCUCUGGGCUGAGCUGGAGCCCAAGUGGCCCAAGGCCUUCUGGGACGACUGGAUGCGCCGGCCAGAGCAGCGGCAGGGCCGGGCCUGUGUGCGGCCUGAAAUCUCCAGAACGAUGACCUUUGGCCGCAAAGGUGUGAGCCAUGGGCAGUUCUUUGACCAGCACCUCAAGUUUAUCAAGCUGAACCAGCACUUCGUGCCCUUCACCCAGCUGGACCUGUCCUACCUGCGACGGGAGGCCUAUGACAGGGAUUUCCUUGCACGUGUCUACAGUGCUCCCCUGCUGCAGGUGGAGAAAGUGAGGACCAGUGAGCGGAGUGAGCUGGGGGAGGUGCGGGUGCAGUACACGAGCAGGGACAGCUUCAAGGCCUUCGCCAAGGCCCUGGGAGUCAUGGAUGACCUCAAGUCCGGUGUCCCCAGGGCCGGCUACCAGGGCAUCGUCAGCUUCCUGUUCCGGGGCCGCCGUGUCCACCUGGCCCCACCCCAGACCUGGGACGGCUACGACCCUAGCUGGAAUUAGCAGCACCUGCCUGCCCCUCCUGGGGCCCCUCCUGGCAAUAUCAUGGCCUAAGAUGGGACCGCAGUCCCUGGGCUGCAUCAUCCCCUCUGUGUUUCUCUCUUGGGUCCAUUUAUCUUCUGGGUUUUUUUUUUUUCUUUUUUUGAGUGGCAUUCAAGUGCACAGAUGAUAAGGUGAGGCUUAGUCUCCCAUUCUCAAGGGGGUCAAAUCAGGGGAAUCUUUCUGGGGUAUGUUGGGGGAGUUAUUAAGCAGGAAACCACUGUGUGGUAGGGAGAGACUUGGGCUUGUUGGGGCCACAAAAUCCACGUUCCAGGUUUUCUCCUAGGACAUCUGUGGAGAGGUUGGCUACUUUAGUUCUCUUGAUCAGGCCCCUUUUCCCUGUCCUGGCUAUUCUAGCCAGAGUAUGAGCCAUCCUCCUGUACCUGUCCCCCACCAUCUCCACCUUCCCCUAACUGGAGCAGGGUGGGAGGCUGGAUUAUGUGAGAAGGAGAUGUACUUGUGGCCAAAAUGAGACUAACCAAAGGGGUUUCAUCAUCAUCAGGGUCUGGGCAGAGCUGUUAGGUUGUCAGGGUUUACUCCCUCCUGCCUGUAUUUCUCUUCUUCCCCCUCUCCUUUAUCCCUGACCUCCUCUCAGCUCUUCUUUCCCUGCAGCCUAGCAGUUCGUGAUUCUAAGAUGAAACGGUGAAGGGGAAAAGCAGAACCUCUCCUCAGCUCACCUGCUGGGGUUGGGGGAAAAGCCUUGGGUGCUGGGGCGCCCCUCCCUCAUCCUUCCUCCAAGAAACAGACUGCCCCCUAUCCCGUCCUUUCUAAAAACCAAUCCUUUCCCUGUCGCUCUGGGACGGUUCAUGCUAGCCUGGCCCGUGGCUUCUGGAGGCCCUCUCAGUGUGAGGUAGAGCAGCCAAGACCAUUCAGCCCAGCCUCCUUCCCUUCUCCCCCAAGCAUUCCCUUCCCGUGUGCACAGAUUAGGACGCAGAUGGUGGGUUGGAGAGCAACGUGUAUGUUUUUCUUUCUUGCCUGACCUCAGUUCAUGGAAGAAAGUUGAAGCUACAGAAUUAUUUUCAAAAAUAAAGCCUGAAUUGUCUGAAAAA